CAGCAUGACCCAAAUUCGCCAUAAACCACUAUAAAAUCCCAGUAAGAACAAACGGAUUAUGAUGAUGUAGUUUCCCAAUCUAAAAGAGCAAAGAAACCACUUCGGAGUUGCCGUUUCCCCACCGCCAAACUGCACCGCCGAUUGAGAAGACGCCUGGAACGACGCGAGGGAGUAGGUCUGGCGAUCGGCUGCGGUUUAGGGACGGAAGGUAUGGAACCAAUAGACAAAUCUUGGAUACAAUUGAAGAAUCGGGCGUGCACAUAGUACAUUGCGGGAGUGGAGAAAUUUGCGAAGUACGCAACAUACCAUGUUAAAGACGAUGAUGGUCUAAUAAGGUGUCCUUUCGUGGAAUGUGGUAAUGUGCGUAGAAUGACAGUGAACCAGGUAGAAGGACAUCUUCUUCAAAAAGGAAUGAGAACCGACUACACUAAGUGGAUUUACCAUGGCGAGGUCGACGAAGAUGAAGAAGAUGACGAUGAAGGUCCAGAAUUGGGUGAUGAUAACAUGGAAGAAGACAAUGGAGAUGAUGGCGAUAUGGGUGAAGAUAAUGAUAUGGGCGAAGAUGAUAUGCUUGGUGUUCUGAACGACCUCAUGGCUCCAUUAGCGAAUCCGGAAGAACCUAAUGCCCAAGCUCAAAAUUUGUACAAGAGGCCCAAUCACCGUUGUACGAGGGAUGUGCUUCGAAUGUGUCAAGAUUGUCAUUCGUCACAAAGCUUAUGAAAAUCAAGUGGGAGAAUAACUGGAGUAACAAUUCAUUUACCCAGUUGGUCAAGUAUAUCCGAGAUGUAUUUCUCUAUUCAGG